AUGGACGAGCAUCGGGGAGUCAGCCGUGGCUCAUACAUUUGGGGAAGGAGCGUUCACAACACACGCGUGGAACGGCUUUGGUACGACUUCACUCGUGGUGUUGGGCAGAAGUGGAAGAACUUCUUCCUGGAGCUCGAGCACAGUGCGGGUCUUCAGCCAUCUCGAUCCGCGCACAUAUGGUUGCUUCACCAUAUCUUUCUCCUUCAGAUCAAUCUUGACGUUCAGGACUGGGCCGCUUCUUGGAACAGCCAUCCACUCCAUGAGCGCCAUGUUUCCGACCGUGCUCGCAGCCCUCGUGAUCGAUUCAUCUUUGGGAUGGUUGAGAAUGGGGCACGAGGCAUCGGGACGGCCUCUGGGGAUGUUCACAUUCAGCGUAUGCCGGCCGAGGAUGCAGCGAUCAACUCGGAUGAUCUUCAGUCCUAUGGAGUUGAUUGGGAAGCUCUCGAAGAUCCGAUGCUCAUGGCGCACCACUUGGACAACAACCCUGACGAGUGGGAGUCGAGCAAUCCAUUCUCUGCAGGUUCCCAUCGCCCUAGUGAGUUGUCGGUUGUGGAUUGUGAUGCACCGAACUGCCCCUUCUCUGAAGUCGAGAUAGCCUCCUUGGACGCUGAACUGGCGCUACGUGUCGAUAGCACGUCCCGCGAGAUGAGUGUACGCCGUUUGCUCUGGGUGGAAGCGCUUAGGAUAUGCCAACGAUUGUAUGCCGAUAAUCCUACAUGA